UUUCAAGUUUGUUUGUGAAAUUGUAACUCUGGUUAUUUUGUGUUGAGGCACUUUGUGAAAAUUCGAAAUCGUUUUAGCCUUUGUGAGAACUCUUGGAAAGUCUCAUCAAGGAGCAGAUUGAACAAAACAGUAAGGCUUCAGGGAGGAAACAGUUAUAAGAGACUAGCGCGGGUCCGUUAGGUGCCAAGAGUUUGUUUUUGUAUUAUUUUGGGUUGAAUCACAACUUUUGCCAACAUGCCUGAGGCGACCAUGAUAUGCAUUGAUGACAGUGAUUGGAUGAGAAAUGGCGAUUUCCUGCCCACCCGUCUACAAGCACAGGAGGAUGCUGUGAAUGUUAUCUGCAGAGCAAAACAGCAGGAAAGCCCAGAAAACACGUUUGGUGUUUCCACAUUUACGAGAGGUAAAGUACUUGUCACACUCACCACAACCCUUGGGAAUAUCAUUACUCGUCUUCACCAAGUUGAGCCCACUGGUGCUAUUGACUUCGUUGUCGGUGUUCGCAUUGCUCAUCUUGCUCUCCGCCACCGAAAGGUGAAGAACGCGAAGAUGCGCAUUGUAGCAUUUGUGGGCAGCCCGGUCAAGCAGGACGAUGCCGAGCUCAAGAAGCUGGCAAUGCGGCUCAAGAAGGAGAACGUCUCAAUUGACAUUGUUAAUUUUGGUGAAAUUGAAGAGAACUCAGGAAAGCUAGAGAGCUUCAUCAAAUACGUUAAUGGCGGUAAAGCAGAAGCAACUUGUCACCUGGUCACCAUUCCUGCCUCGGCCAAUCAGCUGUCAGAUGCACUUAUGACGUCACCUAUUAUCGGUGCCAGCGGCAAUUAUAGUGGAGGUGGAUCCAGUGGUGGCGGUGGCGCCCAUGGCGACUUUGACUUCGGUGUGGACCCAUCGGCAGACCCCGAACUUGCAAUGGCACUUCGGGUGUCAAUGGAAGAGGAGAGGUCACGUCGACAGGCAGAACAGCGAACGACCGGCGAGGGUAGUGCGGAAGCGACUACAGCCUCAACAGCUCCAACUGAAACAACAGCUGCAGCGCCGACUGGUGGAAAUGAGCAGUUGGCACAACGUGUCGGUGGGGAUGCUGGUGCAGAGUUUGGCAUGACCGAGGAUGAAGAACUAAUGCUGGCCUUGCAAAUGUCUAUGGAGAAUCAGAGUGGCGGCGGUGGUGAAGGUACAACAGGCACAACUUCGACCUCAGAGUCUGCUGAUGCAGCCUGGGCACGGGAACUACUCGUUGAAGAAGCCGUAGCAAUGGCUGAUGGUGAUGAGCCAAUGGAUGAUGAUGAUGCCGACAUUGCAGAGGCCCUCAAUGACCCCGACGUGCUCCGCUCCGUCCUCAGCAGUCUUCCCGGCGUCGACAUGGAGAGCGACACUGUUCAACAAGUGCUGUCCGAGACUGCUGCACAGCGCGAGGCAAGCAAGAAGGAUGGCGAGGAGGAUGACGACAGCGACGACGACUUGUAGAGUUGAGCUUGAAACGUUUGGUGUGCUGCAAUGUGGACCGAAUGACGGUAGGGAAUGCAGUGCUGUUUACCCUGUUCUGUUGUACUAUAGACAACUAUUUCCUGGCGGAGUUUCUUUUUCUUAUCAAUAAAUCAUUAGCUUGUUGUUGCUACCACUGUGCUAUUGUGUUGUUUUGAUGUCCCUGCUGCUGUAUCUAUUUUUGCUUGAUGGUAGUGUGUUGUCCAUAGAUCAGUGUGUUCUUAGUACCAGGAUUAUGUGUUCUGUCCGUGUGUUCAUCUUGUACAUGUAUUCUAUUUUUACAUGCCCUGCGCUGUUUUUCAUCCCGUGAUCAUCCGCCAUACAGAUCUCACUGCCACGAUUAUCAUUAUUCAUGUACCCUGUGUUUGUGUUUUGCUCUUCUUUCUUUUUUUAAAGUUUGCAUGCAGUAUGUAUGCAUCGAAUCUAUCAGCAAUUGCUCUGGCAUCAUCUCCAUUCACUAUUAUUUUUUGCUUCAAGUCAACCCGACCGACAGGGUACGGGGCAAGUGACAAGUGUUUGUUGGCUGUACGUGCGACUAACCUUCCGCUCUCUCGUUGCGUGUCACACCGCACAUGCUUGUUGACUAUGGUCUUCAUAGCUCACUUCCUCAAAAUCUGACACUAAGCACAAGUUACUUGUGCUUACAUUGUA